GCGCCUACUGUCUUCCCCCUCCCCGCUUUCUUCCUCCGCUUCCCACUCCUUCCUCCGCCCGCCCAGUCCUGCCCGCCCCGGAGAGCUGCCCGGAGCUCCCCGGGAGACUCAGGUUUUGUGAAUAACAUCUCCAGGCUGUGUCCAUCCAAGUCACUUAUUUCCGUGAAACUGCACCAACCAAGACUGCUGAUGAGAGAUGAGGAAGAGGAGUCAGAAAGGGAACGCAGGCUGGGAAAAGGGAAGCCUCUGCCCAGAUUCAAGCUUUUUGUGAAAUGAAAUACUAGGGGGGUUGGUGUGCUUGUUGUUUGCAUAAAGCAAAAAAGAAGCCAACAUUUGCUAAACAACAGGUGGUGAAGACUUAUUCUGCUGAGAAGUAAAAGCGUACUUCUUCACUAAAAAAGAUGCCUCCCAAGUUUAAGCGCCACCUAAAUGAUGAUGAUGUCACUGGUUCUGUGAAAAGUGAAAGGAGAAAUCUUUUGGAAGAUGAUUCAGAUGAAGAAGAGGACUUUUUUCUAAGGGGACCAUCUGGACCAAGAUUUGGACCUAGAAAUGAAAAAAUUAAGCAUGUUCAGAACCAGGUGGAUGAAGUCAUUGAUGUCAUGCAAGAAAAUAUUACAAAGGUAAUAGAAAGAGGGGAGAGACUAGAUGAACUACAGGACAAAUCAGAAAGCCUAUCGGAUAAUGCAACUGCUUUUAGCAACAGAUCCAAACAACUUCGAAGGCAAAUGUGGUGGCGUGGAUGCAAAAUAAAAGCCAUCAUGGCUUUGGUUGCUGUUAUCGUUUUGUUAGUGAUUAUCAUUCUUAUAGUUGUGAAAUACCGUACUUGAUUUGAUGACAGAUCUUCAUUAAACAAAAUCUGGGACAAUAAUAAUAAAAGAUUGCUGCAUAAUUUAAGUGAAACCCAUGUAUAUAACUUUCAAAGCUUCUUUUUCAAGAAAUUAAGAGGCAAGUAUCACUUCAAAUUGGAGCGUUGAGAAUGUCCCAUUAUCUUCUUCCCUUCCAACAAAGUGUGCUUUUAAUAAUUAUGUUUAAGGCGGGGCUGCCCUGGUGGCGCAGUGGUUGAGAGUCCGCCUGCCGAUGCAGGGGACACGGGUUCGUGCCCCGGUCCGGGAGGAUCCCACAUGCCGUGGAGCUGCUGGGCCCGUGAGCCAUGGCCGAUGAGCCUGCGCGUCCGGAGCCUAUGCUCCGCAACGAGAGAGGCCACAACAGUGAGAGGCCCACGUACCGCAAAAAAAAAAAGAAAAAAAAAUUAUGUUUAAGGCAAAGAUAACCAGCCUCGAUUUUGCCAUAUUCCAAAGGUCUAAUUUGAAACUAGAUACUUGCCAGUUCAUUAUUUGUAUAUAUAGUUAAACACUGAUAAUGAUAUUUCAUACUGUUAUUUUAAUGGCAUAAGGACUUGCAUUUGUUGCAUCAAGGUGGGGGUCAGGCUGGUGAUCAGGGAGCCUCUGUAGAGUACCAAAUCAUUAUGCCGAAAGACGUGUGUAACCAUUCCAUUGAUAUUUGCAAGAUUCUUCUCAUAUUACAAUUGCUUUGCAAGCAAUUUUCACAUGUUUAUGGGUGUAACAAAAGCUAAAUGUAAAUGUUGCUGCCUUCAGCUAUAACUAACAACAUUCCAGUAAACCUAUUUUUGACUGUAUAAGGGAAUGUAGUAAUUUUUUGGCAUUUGGAUUAUAGAAAUGGGAAAUUUAAACAGUGUGAAAAGCAUAGUAUGGUGUCAUAAAACUGGAAAUAAUAAAAUUAUUGGAGAGUGUCAUUGGAGUAUUUGAAAGUGACCAACAUAAAGCUAGAAGUCAUGGUCUGGUCUGUUUUCAGUUAGCCUCCAAUAAGGAGGACCAGUGCAAAUGUGAGUAAAUGAAAUCCACAGGUAUCUUGUCCCCUACUUUUCUUUUUGUUAAUAGCUUUCCUGUUUAACUUCAACUAGCCCUUUUACCAGAAGUGCUAAAAGUAGCAAAAUCAUCUGCUUAGAAUUUGCGUUUUUUGUAUUCCCUCUUUAUCUCCUGGAAAAUGCAUGUGAUAUGUACAAUCCAGUGUCACAUUAGCCAACAAUAAUGAAUAUAAAAAGUCAGGAGCCUAGCUAAUCAGUCAGUCAGAGUAACCAAAUGCUAGAGUCACCAUUGAUCUCAGUCUGUUUUUAUGAUAAAAAGUGUUGUUAACUUUAAAAUAUGCCACCCUUCUUGGGUUGUUUAAACAUGUGAAAGUGAACAUACAUAGUUCUCUAAUGUGUGUGAGGAAGAAGUUUUAUAAUAAAAUUGGAGGUUCUGCAGAAACUUGUGUACAUGGACAUCUUCACAAUGUAUAUAUAACUCUAAAUUUGAAAUAGGGAUAAUAGAAAGUACCAGUAUUUAAAUAAGAAAAAAAAUGAUCCUUAUUGCUUUGGUAAUUUUAAUUCAAAAUGUAUGAAACAUAGAAUCUUUGUUUUUUUGUUUUUUUUUUAAUUCUACAGGAUUAGUACUAAGAUGCAAAAAUGUUCUCUUUAGAAUGGAAAGAAUUUGAAGGGAGAAAGCAGAUUAAGAGGUAUUGAAGACACCUUCAAGUCAUGAAGAUCUAAAUAUAAUCGCUUAGUAUUAUAGUCUGCUAAGAACAUUUAAAAAGAGAUAAAGGUUUUACAUUCUCUGGAGUGUUUUCUCUGGUCUCUCCACUUUUCGUAAAUGUCAAUUACUGUAAAUAACAUAAUAAAUAAUAAACCCUUUGACAAAAGAGGAUACCCAGGAAAAUGAGCAUUUUUAGAAUUUCAGUAGCUAAUGUACUUCAGGAAUGGGAGUGUUUUAACUGAGUGGACAGAAUCAGUACUAACAUGUGUGUCCUUGAUUUGGGAUUGGAACUAGACUCACCAGUGGUUAAUUUUCCAUUUGUUGGUAUAGAAAUCUGGUUUCUUCAUAUCUGUCGGUGAAGAGGAAGAUUAUUUCUCAAGAAGAAUCCACAUUUCCAGUGUUUCUUUAAUAAAGUAUGCUUUUAAAUAAAGAAAUAAAAUUUAAAAAAUUUUUAACCAUGAAAAAUAAAGGAAAUAUUUAUAUGACAAUACCAUG